GCAAUGUGUUUUAACGUCCAACGCUUCUCUUUUGUCUUUCACAAUGGCACGACGCUCUCUGCGAAUCCAGGAAAAGAAAAUCGUUUCGGACGAAUCCCAGACACAUGAUGUGGGCCUUGUUCAAGGCUCAGACUCUAUUCUAGACCGCAAACGUGCAAGAGAAGACCAAGAAGACCAAGAGUAUGAGGAAGACCCUGACGAUGGAGAAGAGGCUGUCCCAAAAAGGAAGAAGAAGAAAUCGAAGAAGGCAGCUUCAUCCAAAUCGAACGUAGCUCUUUCUGGCCAGGAUAAGCAGUCUUCUGGGUCCAGCACAAAGAGGCAACGCAUGCCUGAGCAGUUCAGGAAAGUUCGAGGAAGAUUGGGACUACUAGAGAAAUUGGCGAAAGAAGUUCCAUUGGAUGUAAUUCUUGAGAUUUUUUGUUAUCUUGAACCAGGAGAUCUUCUACGUCUUGCGCGUACAUCCAGAGACCUCCGUGAUAUUUUGAUGAGUAAAUCAUCGGAGAGCAUAUGGCGUAUUGCCCGUGAAACUGUGGAGCAUCUGCCGCCUCGUCCAGACGAUUUGAAUGAGCCCCAAUAUGCUCAUCUUCUCUUUGAGUCUUAUUGUCACAUUUGUAGGCACUCUGGGCGUUGUGAGACUGUUCUCUGGAACUUUCGUAUGAGGGCGUGUAAGAAGUGCGCGCUGGACACCUUUCCCCCCCAUUGGGAUCAGCAGUAUACAAGUGCUCAGCCUUUGGCAUUUCGUGAGAACAAUAUUCUUCCAACAGAGUCGAUCAAGAGGACAUCGCAUAGAAAUCAACGAGUUGGUAACCUUGAAAUCGCAAACCGAUAUAAAGCCGAAUAUGAAGCACUUCAAACCGAGGAAGACCGUAACGCUUGGAUCGACCGCAAGAGGAAAGAGCGUCAGGUCAUAGAUGAACAUGCUCGUCUAUGUGGACACUGGCACAAUGCGAGGUUGAAAGAUCGUGCUGGCGUACUGAGUGAUGUGCGAAGAGAAAGAAAAGAAGCGAUUCUCAAUCGACUUGAGGAAAUUGGGUGGCGCGAUGAAGCGGAGAAAAUUAUGUUCGGACCCUCCUACUAUGAUACGUUCAGCGACCACAAAUUAGUCAAGCAGUCAAAGAAACUCACCGAACACGGGUGGAGGAGCAUCAAAGAUGAAUUAGUGGAAUUUCUCUCUGACCGCAAGGCUGAGCGCGUUGCCGCGGAACGAAACCGUAUUCUAUCUGCUCGCCUUGCUUCCAUUGAGAAAGCGUUCAACAACAUUCGUUCGGAAUCGGACCUUCGAGAGCCUUUCCCGAGCUUGGGCGAUAUCUUCGUAGACAAGAUUUUCGAAGCUUUAAUCCGGGAUACGCCUGAAAACGAAGAUUUGAACGAGGAAUUUUUCUACUUGAAACUAUUGGAACAUUUGCCUGGCAUAAUCGACGAAUGGAGACCUGCAAAAAUACAGGAACUUGUAGAGGUCAUGCAAAAAUCUCAUCCCACGGCCACAGCCAAUGACUUAUAUCUAGCCACGACGAUCUUCGAAUGUACAGGUUGCUAUCAGCGUUCUCUCUUACACUAUCCUCAAAUGUUUUACCACGGGUGCUGUAUGGAGAAUCGCAAUGCCGGAUUUGCGCGUGGCCUUUGUUUCUGGCACGAGGGUCCAUGGUCGUCUACUCGAAUUGUUUUUAGCGAUGCCCGUUCGGAAAUUGCAAAGAUAGUCGUUGAAGCGUGCUCCCUCGAUCCUGCCACAGCGACGUUUGAAGACAUGUGCGAUGCUAAUCCGCUCGCCGAAUGUCAAACUUGCCAAGUUGAUCCACAAAGUUGGGCAGGUGGUCGACUUUUCAUGCGAUGGCCACUUCAGCUGACCCAUAAUUUAAACCAUACACUCACCAUAAACACUUUCGAUGAACAAGAAACACGUAAAAUUGUUGCCUGUGAACCGUCUUACAGGAGCGAUGCUGAUUCUAUAUGUUGUGCUCACUGCCAUAAAACUCACCCAAUCAUGGCUAUCGUGUCUCACCUAAAAGACCAACACAGUGAUGUAAUUAAUCUCACCGAUUAUGAAGAUUCUCUAAAAGUUCAAGCACUUCGACCACAUUGGUACUGGAAUCCUUGUUUGCCGUUGAGACACAUCGGCGACUCUUUCCGGUUCAAGGAAAUCUCUCCACUUCCCACGCCUUCAAUGACCUUGAAUAACCUACUCUUGCUUUCGUAUUAAGGAAGGACGGACAGCUAUACAUAUUCGACAGGGUUUACAUAUCCCUUGACGCGUAAUUGUUUGAAAAUUCUAUCAAUGUACAGUACUGUAAAACAUACAGUGGAUCGUCUUUCUGCUGUCAUUGUUCAUGUCAAUUUAUCGACACAUUUAAAUCGACAACCGGCCGUGGAUGACUUUGGAUCCGGUUUGGAUUGUCGCGGUCAGACUAAUCAUUUCAUCCACAAUAUAUACGUGUACAAUUCCGCUUGCGUCGCCCCUGCUCUGGUCUUUGGAUUUGUCUCAAGGUUGUGCUGAACCUGGUUGUAUUUCAUU